GUCAAACUCGACAAGAGCCACAAUGGCAAGCCGUCUAAAGUAGUUCAUAUAAGAAAUAUACCCAAUGAAAUAUCCGAGGCCGAGAUAAUACAUUUGGGUUUACCCUUUGGUCGUGUCACCAAUGUCCUCGUUCUCAAGGGUAAAAAUCAGGCAUUCCUCGAAAUGACCGACGAGAAUGCUGCUGCCACAAUGGUUACGUAUUAUGCCUCGUGCAUAGCACAACUUAGGGGCAGAGCAGUUUAUGUUCAAUUCAGCAAUCAUCGUGAAUUAAAAACGGAUCAGGCACACAGCAACAAUGCGGUCAGUAGCCCUACAAAUGAUGAGGGACACGCAUCAAAAAAUUCAACAAAUCAAGUUGCGAUACCAGGACAAAAUCAAGUAUCCUCUCAAGCCGAAACACAAGGUGGACCGAACACAGUAUUAAGAGUAAUCGUAGAACACAUGAUUUAUCCAAUUUCCCUCGACAUAUUGUAUCAGAUAUUCACACGUUUUGGAAAGGUCCUGAAAAUCGUUACCUUCACGAAGAACAGUUCCUUCCAAGCUCUGAUACAAUAUGCAGACAUGGUUGCAGCGCAGACUGCUAAAUUCGUAAGUAUCCAAUCGGAACCUAGGGUUGUAACAGUAUUAGUAAUAGCAUUGAUGGUAGCGAUUAUGGUAGUAGUGAUAGUUAAUACUGUUGGUAAUAAUAAUAGUAAUAGUAACAAUAAUAGUAUUGUUUGGAAAGUAGAGUCGAUUGCAGGAGCACCUGGCGUAUUACCAACACCUUUUGCUGCUAUGCAUGGCCUACCAUCGCCAUUGGCAGGCCCUUACAAUGGUGUACCACCAGCUGGAGGCCUUGGUGGUCUCGGAGGUUUUCCUUUAGGAGCUGGUGCCCUUGGUGUACGUGUACCAGGUGGUGGACAAUCGUCUGCCGUUUUACUCGUUAGCAACCUAAACGAGGAGAUGGUCACGCCUGACGCUCUCUUUACCCUGUUUGGUGUUUACGGGGAUGUACAACGUGUGAAGAUACUUUACAACAAAAAGGACUCGGCACUGAUUCAAAUGGCCGAACCUCAUCAAGCGCAUUUAGCGAUCACCCAUAUGGACAAAUUAAGAGUAUUUGGUAAGCAAAUCAAAGUUGUGCUAAGCAAACAUCAAACAGUUCAACUACCUAAGGAAGGUCAACCGGAUGCAGGAUUAACCAAGGAUUAUACGAGCAGUCCUCUUCAUAGAUUCAAAAAACCUGGCUCUAAAAAUUAUCAAAAUAUCUAUCCACCGAGUUCCACUUUGCAUUUAUCAAACAUUCCAGCUACGGUAACCGAAGAAGAGAUCAAAGAUGCCUUUAGUAAAAAUGGAUUUAACGUCAAGGCCUUCAAAUUCUUUCCAAAGGACAGAAAGAUGGCUUUAAUUCAACUACUUAAUAUGGAUGACGCUGUUGCAGCUCUCAUCAAAAUGCAUAAUUAUCAACUGAGCGAAUCCAAUCAUCUUCGAGUAUCAUUCUCGAAGAGCAACAUCUAACAAGAGACACUGGUUAGCUAGCAGCAGUGGUUUCAGCCCUACGCCCUUGUCCACUAUUGGUGAUCAAACGUGCUCUAGCGAUUAAAUAAUAAACGGCCUGUCAAGCCACCUUUAACUCGUCCCUCAAAGUUGCGAGGCCCCACUGACUGUUAUUAUAAUCUCUGUGUACAUAAGACGCGCAACAAAAAACCCCAUUUGGAAUAAAAGAAAAAAAGAAGAAGAAGAAGAAGAAGAUGCAGAAGAAGAAGAAGAAGAAAGAAGACGAAAGAAGAAGAUAAAUAAUAAGUAGAAGAAGAUGAAGAUGAAGAUGAAGAUUUGAAAGAUACUGCAAAAAACACGAAUAUAUAAAAGAAAUGAUAAAGGAUUUUGAAGAAUUAGAAGCUACACAAUGAAGAUAAAAUAAAGAAGAAGAAGAAGAAGGAAAAGAAGAAGAAGAAGAAGAAGAAGACGUUGUUCAUUUUGCUACGAUGAGAUGAUCAUAGAGUGUGGUGGGAGGGAAAAAGGAAAAUCUUCUCUCAUGUUCGCCUUCUAUUCUUUUUUUUUUCUUUUGGUUUUCCUAAUAAGCAGCUGCUAAUAAUUAAUGGUGAUGACGAGGGAAGAUGAGAAGCUUUUAAUAUUAUAUAACAAUUGACAAAACAAAACAAAACAAAACAAAACAAACAAACAAACAAAAUGAAAAAAUGCGUAAACCCGAAAUUAUUAAACGUUAAGAAAUUUUCGUUUAUCAACAUUUCGUGGCUAUAAUGAUAAUAAUAAUAGGUGUUCUCGUCUCGUUGGCUCUAAGGUUAAUUGGUUUUCACUCUUUUUCUUUUACUUUUUUUUUUUUUUCUUUUUUUUCUUUUCUUUUUUUACUCUUAACAAAGUGUGAAACUAAUUGAUUAGAAACUAAGAGAUAGAUAAUAAAAAGAAGAGAAAGAUAUGAGAUAGAGACGAUAGAGAGAGAGAGAGAGAGAGAGAGAGAGAGAAAGAGAAAGAGAGAGAGAGAGAGAGAGAAAGAGAAAAAGGGAGAGAGAUAAUACAGUAGAAAGAUGUAAAUUCUUUAUGGGAAAAGGGCGUAGGUGAAUGAAUGCACACAUGCUUAGGUAAAUGAUGAGGGGAGCCCAAGUAUUAACGAAAAAAGAAAACAAUGGGGGAAAAAGAAAAAAAAAACCUACAAUUUAUAAAAACGAAUGAUACGAUAGGAAGAGAAACGAAUACGUGGUUUGAGUAGAAGUUAAAGACAAAAAAAAAAA